GUCGCUUCGCGUUACUCAGCAGUUAAGCAUUACAGCAAAGUCGAAACGCGCUAAAGCACAGCGCACGAGAAUAAUAGUAGAACCGACCCCGCUGCCGAAGCAACUGAGAAUAACAAUAUAACAACAAGAACACACAAAAAAGAAUUAAUAAAAUUGAUAAAAAAAAAAGAAACAAAAGCACACAACAACAAUAGCAAGCACAAAUAUGGGCCUAGCAUAAACAAAACCAGGUGUUGGGAAGUGUCUGUGUACCUGUUUUGGCGCGCCUGUGAGUGUGUGUGUGUACUAAGCGAAAUAAGGAGAGCCCAACGCCUUCGUCGCCACAACGCUCGGCUCGACAUCAUUCGUUGACGGCACAACGAAAACGCGACUUAACGACGAAGUCCACUCAAGGUGAGCCGAGCACCAGCACCAGCACCUAUUUGGUACAUGGAGCAUUGGUAGUAUCCGUUUGUCAAGUGGAGCUGCGCAUCCAGUAAAAAGGUGGUGAUCGAAUUGUAUAUUAUUGCGGUUACGUGGAGUAUCACCUGAUCUACGCGCACACAUAUAAACGUGCAUGAACGUGUUUAAAAGCAUAUGAACAUGUACAUAAGCACAUGCAAAAAGCAUACGAGUGCGAUCCACUAGUUGGUAGUUGUCGUGGGAGUUAGCGUAAAAACAAAACACACUAAAAACGAAGACGAAAAAUUACGAAAUAAGCAAAGCUGUGUGAAAGCCAAUUUGCUAUGCUGUGCUCUACGAAAGCUAGUGGUUAAUCACCGUUGAAGCUGCAGCUGCUGCACUGCACCUGUGUAGGUACACACAUGCAUAAAUGAGUAUAUUUUUUUUAUUUGUGUGUGUGUGGAGAGCACAUUCGUUACCAAUUGAAGCAAAUAGCCAACAACAACAAACGUUUUUAUUUUUUUGUUGUACAUCAAGCAAAAACAAAACAAGUGUGCAUACAACUAGCACUUAAUAUUGCUAACUGUGUAGUCUUGUCAAUGCCUUCGCUUCGUACACACAUUUGAUUUGACAAAAAGUGCAUGUAAAGAGCACACAAAAACAAGUGGGGUGCAAAAUUGCAAACGAGAAAGCGAGCAGUGAGUGGGAAAGUAGAAUUGGAGAUAAAUAAACGCAAUUGCGCGCAUGCAAAAUAUAUCACCUACAUACAUACAUGCAUAUAAGUAUUGUACAAUAUACAUAUGUACAUACAUGUACAUACAUACAUACGUACUCAGUUGACAUUAAAAGAACAGUUGUUUGAUUUGCGUGCGGAAUUUGGAGAAUUUUAAGUGGAAAAUACGAAUUUGCAAUAUUUUGCAAGCAAAUUUAGUAAAAAAAAAGUUAAAAAAAAGUAUUAUAAGUAAAAAAAUACUAAAAUAUAAUAUAAAAUUAAAAACAGUAAAUUAUUAACAAAAAAAAUUAAUACAAUUUAAAAAUUCAAAAAAAAAAACAAUAUAAUAUUACAAAGCAUCAACUGCUUUGCUUUUAAGCAAUCUAUUGCUAUUGCUAAAAAGCAUAAAAAUUAUUCAAAAAGCGUUAAAUCGAAAAAUUAAAACAAGAAAAUUAAAAAAUAAUUUGAAAAUUAAUUUUAAAAAAUUAAAUAAAAAUAAAAAAAAAUUAACUAAAACCGAAUUAACAAAAUUGACAUACAAAAUAAAUAAAAUAAUAUUAAAACUAUUUCAACGGCAUUGCUGAUAAGCAGUGGCAUUUUAAAAAUAUUAAACUUAAAAAAAAAUAUUUUAACUAAAACUAUUUGGAAUAAAAAACAGUUUUUAAUGCUCAACUGCAUUGUUUUAAAUAAAAAGUGGCAUUCCAAAAAAUAUACAAUUUAUAUGAAAAAAGUUCAAACUAAAAAAAAAAUAAAUGAAUAAUUUAAAAAUAGUUCAUAAAAUAAAAAUAAAUAGUUAAAAAAAUCAACUGCAUAGCUUUAAGCUAAGAGUUCUAUAAUAAAAAACAUAAAACUUACAAAAGCUAAAAAUGUACAUAUGGAUAGCGCCUCCAUUCAUACUGAGUACAUAAAAACAGUUAAGAAUUAGCCGCAAACACUUCACGCCUGAGCUAAACUCAGAUUAAACCGCCUACUAGUGUUUACAACAAAAAAUAUUCAUAAAUUAAAAUAUACAAAAACAACUACAAACACGCACACUGCAAGGCAGAACGCAUACAACAGCGCCACAAUGACCGCUAAACCGCCAAAACGUGCCAAUAAAGGGGUCAAACGACGUAACGAGCGAAACAUACUGACAUUCUAUGAAAAAAUCGCCGUCAUACACUACUACGAUGAAACGAGUGUUUCACGAAAUCGCCUAGCUAAACUAUUCCACUGUUGUGCCACACAAAUCCGACGCAUACUUGAACACAAAAAUGAACUGCUACAGCAAUUGGCAACACUCAGCGAAACGGAUGCGACCAAUUUCAUCGAAGAGAUGACACGCAAACGCCGCAAAUUCGAAAUGAGCGCCAUUAGUUUCAUACUACAUCAAUGGGUGGAGCGCUGUCGUGAGUUGCGUUUGCGUAAAACCAUAACAAAUCAGACGCUCAAGGAUACGGCGCUCAAAAUGGCCGCCAUACUGAAUUUACCCAGCUUUCGGCCUUCGUAUCGUUGGCUCGAUCGUUUCCGCAGCAAAUACAGAUACACAGCCGAAGAUCUGGGCACAGCGGGUGCGCAUGCCGUUGAUGGUGAACUGGCGGUUGAGGACAUUAUUAUUGAGUAUAAAGAUGCUUUACCGAAUUUCAUGCAAACCGAAAUUUCGGAAAUAACCUCAUUAGACAAAGCAAUGCAUGCAGAGGUGGAGAAGACAAAGACGCUGCUGCAAAAUGCCAGCAAUGAGAAUAGCGUGGAUUAUGUGGUUAGCGAUGAGGAGGAUGAGGUGGAAGAGGUGCCUGAUGAUGCCGCUCAAGUAGACGAUAACAUAGCUUUGGUGGUGAGCGAUUCGAAAGAUUCUAGUGGUUGCUCUUCGAACACCCAAGCGAGUACACCAAACAUUAACCAGCCGAAUGAACUUAAUGCUGAGCAAAUCAAAAUGAAUGCCGGUACCACAGCUGUCCUGGGCAGUAUAUUCCCACAUCUGGCUGUUAUACAUCAGUUUGCGCUACUUAAUGCCGAUGUCAAGGCGCUGGAAUUGAUCUCACAACUGGGUGUGCACAUGCAGAAACAAGCCGUCGACGGCGCAUACAAACAACUGACGCUGGCGUCAACAAACGAGGAGUGUAUCGCAGACAAUAUGCAAUCGGAUGUAGGCGGUUUUUAUGCCGCCGAUCUUGAUGAUAUCGUGCUCAUUGAAUGAGUAGUUUACUAUAUACAUAUAUACACAAAGAUGUAAUACUUAUAUACAUAUUAUUAGUAUGUAGUUUUGUAGUUAUUAAUUUUUAGAUGCUCUAGAGAGCAACAUCCAAGCAUUGGCCUUUAAAUAUUUAAAAAAUCCACCGCCUUAACAUAAAACUAUAGUCAGAACUGUGAAGUCACAUAAGCUAAUGCAUAAGUCCUCAUAUUAUAUACACAUACAUACAUAUUUGGAUAUUAUAUAUAGCUUUAUUUAGUAUACUCGUACAUAGUAUAU